GAGAGGAAGAGAGAGGGACACACAGCAGGACAGAAAAACUUUAAAAUCAGACAUUAUGGCCCUACGGGACGAGCUCUUAAAGUCCAUAUGGCACGCCUUCACUGCUCUGGAUGUGGACAAAAGUGGAAAAGUCUCCAAAUCUCAACUGAAGGUGCUGUCACACAACUUAUGCACAGUGAUGAAGAUCCCACACGACCCCGUCGCACUGGAGGAACACUUUAAAGAUGACGAUGAGGGUCCCGUCUCCAACCAGGGAUACAUGCCGUACCUAAACAAGUUCAUCCUGGACAAGGUGACGGAUAACUUCGACCGUCAGGACUUCAACAGGAUGUGCUGGACUCUGUGCUUCAGGAAGAACCUGGACCAAAGCCAGCUGUGCAUCUCCAACGACGACUCCUUCAAGAUCUGGUGCAUCUUCAACUUCCUGUCAGAGAGCAGAUACCCGCUCAUCGUCGUCACGGAGGAGAUCGAGUACUUCCUGCGAAAGCUGACGGAGGCGAUGGGGGGCAGCUGGGUGGAGGAGCGCUUCGAGGACUACAAAAUGCAGCUGAACUGUAAGCAGCAGUGUCUGAACGCCUGGGAGCUCAUCAAACUGGUGGGGUCGGGUCACUUCAGUAAAGGCAUGGACCACCAGACUCUGUCCAUGGGCAUCACCGAGGUCUAUCAGGAGCUCAUCCUGGAUGUGCUCAAACAGGGCUACAUGAUGAAGAAAGGCCACAAGAGGAAGAACUGGACGGAGCGCUGGUUCAUGCUGAAGCCCGGCUCCAUCUCUUACUACGUCGGAGAAGACCUGGCAGAAAAGAAAGGAGACAUCGUGUUGGAUGGAAGCUGCACUGUCGAGCCUUUACCAGAUAAAGAGGGAAAGAAGUGCCUCUUCUUCAUCAAGUCGUCACUAAAAAGCUUUGAGAUAAGCGUGUCGGACAAGAAGAAGAAGCAGGAGUGGAUCCAGGCCAUCCAGACCUGCGUGAACCUGCUGCGUCAGGACCGGCCGGCGCCGCACCGCGAGUCCCGACAGAAGCGCCGCGAUCAUCGUCUGAAGCUGCAGGCUGACCAGGAGGAGCUGGAGCUGAGGAUGAGGGAGCUGCAGACGGCUAACGAGGCCAAGCAGCUCGAGCUGGAGAACAUGAGGAAGGCUCUGGAUGAAUCAGCAGCAAACGCAGCAGAAGAAGAAAGAAGACGUCUUCAGACUCAAACUGAACUCCAGGACCGUUACAGGACGGAUCUGGAGAGAGAGAAAAUGGUACGGCAGCAGAUGGAGGAGCAGGUGGCCCAGAAGUCCACGGAGCUGGAGCAGUACCUGCAGCGAGUCCGAGAGCUGGAGGACAUGUACCGACGACUGGAAGAUGCUCUGGAGGACGAGAGGCACGCCAGACAGGAUGAGGAGAUGGUCCGCAAACUGCAGACACGGUUACUGGAGGAAGAGGCCACAAAGAGAGCAGAGUUGGAGCAGAUCCACCUGCGGCAGCAGCGAGCCAUCUCAGAGACGGAGGCUGAAAAGCAGGAGCUGGAGAAGGAACGUUCGGCCAAGGAGAACGCUCUGCAGGCUGCGAUGAAACAGCUGGAGCAGCUGGAACAAGACAGACAGGGGGCGCUGGAGCAAUACGAGACGGUGAUUAGGAAGCUGGAAGAUGCGACCAACAACACAAAGUCCUGGAAGCACAAGGUGGCUGAACACGAGGGCUUGUUACGGCUCAUUCAACCAGGCUCCAAGGGGCAGAGGAUGAUCACAAACUGGGGCCCGGCAGCCUUUUCUGACGCAGAGCUCACUCUGAGGGAGAAGAAAUGGCAGGAAAGGAAGAACCAGACGACUGAGGCUCAGUAGAGUAGCUGUAACCUCCGAACCUCCGACAUGGAAACAACUGGAAGAAAAGACAAGAGAAGGCCGCUGGGAUAAACUGUCUGUGAUCAAAUAUAUUGAGGUUUUAGCUGGAAGUAGUUCUCUGGUAACUAGAUUUACAGUCGAGUUCAAAAAUGAAAUUUACCAUGAUAAUAUCAGAUGUGUUGCAGAAACAUGUUAAGGGGCAUUAAGUAAUCUAUUACCUUUAGGGUUACCUUGUACUGGAGUAAACUCCUUUGGCACCUCCUUUAAUUUGAGUCAGCCUGUAAUGACAGAGACUUAAACCACAUUUUUACAUUAUGGGGAUAAAGCUCACUAAUUACAGCAAAGAUCCAACAAAAAAUACUAAAUGUGAGAACACCAUGAAAAUGCUGGAAUAAUAAUAGCUUUUUUUGUUCUUAUUUCUUAUUUUCUUUCCCAAAAUGUCACUCGCUGGUUGUUUGUUUUGUGUGCUGGAAGUAAAAUGAGAUUUAAAGGAAAAGUAGAGUUAUUAAUAUUUAUAUUUAACCCUGAGAACCACCAUAGAUGCAAUAUAUAGAAAAAUCACUUAAAAUAAUAAUAAUAAUUUGACCCUCUUGAUCCCAUGUUUUUCAAGUGCUAGCUGACAGAAUAGUUUUAACAAUGUGAAAAUAUAUACCAAAACAAAAGAGUUCACGGAGUUCAUCUGUAAUAGACUUUACACAAAGUAUUUGAUAGUGUAUUAACUAAAAUCCAACCAGGUUAACAAUAUACAAUUUAUAAAUCUAGUGAUUUAAAAAAAAAUGUGCAGCUUAUCUUUCAAGUCACAAAUGAAAAAGCCACCACUACCUUUUAUUAUUCGUUCCAGUUAGUAUAAAUGUCUAUAAAUGCACUACUUUGGAUCACAGUCUGACCUGAUGGACAGAUAACAAAUUGCUUUGCAUGUUUUAGGCUGUAAAGUUAAGGAUGUGUAAAGUUGUAGCCGCUACUACUGUUACAAACUACUAUCUUCUCUGUUGCUAUCAUCUUAAUGUUUUGGGACCAUUUGAAAUGAAAAAUUAGGGAUUUUUGUAAAUAUUUUAGGGGCGGUUACCGUUAUUGUUGCCAUUUAUGUUUUCUUUACUAAACAGGCCGAAUGAAGGCGGCACCAACAGCACCUGAGGAUGUCUAAUGUAAAAAAAAUAAUGUUUAACAAAGCCGUCUUCCUGUAAUGAAGAUACCAUGUAUGACUAAGUCUUCUAUCAAUAUGAAGUGCUGUUUUGACCUCGGUGUAUCUGUCUAAAUAUCUACUUUUUAAUUGUUUCCUGCUUGUAAACACUGUCAGAAAAUAGGGCAUUUUGUCAAAGUGUCACUCCGAACACGAAUGCUAACUGCCGUCCGUUUGUACCGUUGUCAUACUGUAACCAUCAGUGCCUUUAUACUGUCGUGAGUGAACGUUGUGAUUUUUAUUGUUUUUUUUAUAUAUAUAUAUGUAAAAAGUUGACGACUGAACUGUGUAAUAAAACAUAUCUUGGAUAACUGG